AUGGAAGCCAUCAAGUCUGCUCUCAACAUUGGCUCCAGCAAGCCCGCUGCGACCGAACCCUCUGCUGAGCAGCUCGCCCAGCUCAAGGAGAAGUACACCAAGGCAGGACAGGACCAUGUCUUUACCUUCUACGAUGACCUCCCUACCCCCGAGAAGGCCACCCUCUUCCAGCAGCUGUCGGGCUUCGACCCCGAGCAUAUCAAUAAGAUCACCGACCGCGCCCUGAACCCUCCCAAGACCGACGAUGCCUCCACCCAGUCUGGCCUCGAGCCGUUGCCCGAGUCUGCCACCGCUAGUAUCCUCGACUCGAAGCCCGAAGAUAUUGAGAAGUGGUACCAGUCGGGUCUCGAUCUGAUCGGACAGAACAAGGUGGCCGUUGUGCUGAUGGCAGGCGGUCAGGGAACCAGACUGGGCAGCUCCGCACCAAAGGGCUGCUAUGAUAUUGGCCUUCCCAGCCACAAGUCGCUCUUCCAGAUCCAGGCCGAGCGUAUUCGCAAGGUCCAGGAGCUUGCGGCCAAGAAGGCCGGCACCAGCAGCGCUAUCGUCCCUUGGUACGUCAUGACAUCUGGCCCCACCCGCGGCCCCACGGAGAAGUACUUCGAGGAGAACAACUACUUCGGUCUUGACAAGGCCAACGUCUUCAUCUUCGAGCAGGGUGUGCUGCCCUGUAUCUCUAACGACGGCAAGAUUCUGCUCGAGUCCAAGAGCAAGGUCGCUGUUGCUCCUGAUGGAAACGGAGGCAUCUACCAGGCGCUCGUCGUCUCGGACGUCAUGGGCGACAUGCGCAAGAGGGGCAUCGAGCACAUCCACGCCUACUGCGUCGACAACUGCCUCGUCAAGGUCGCCGAUCCCGUUUUCAUCGGCUUUUCUGCCUCCAAGAACGUCGAUAUUACUACCAAGGUCGUUCGCAAGCGCAACGCUACCGAGUCUGUCGGUCUGAUAUUGCUCAAGAACGGCAAGCCCGACGUUGUCGAGUACUCCGAGAUUGACAAGGAGACGGCCGAAGCCCAGGAUUCCAAGCAGCCCGGCGUCCUCAAGUUCCGCGCCGCUAACAUUGUCAACCACUACUACUCCUUCCGCUUCCUCGAGAGCAUUCCCCAAUGGGCGCACAAGCUGCCCCAUCACAUUGCGCGCAAGAAGAUCCCCUUCGCCGAUCUCAAGUCUGGCGAGACUGUCAAGCCCGAAAAGCCCAACGGCAUCAAGCUGGAGCAGUUCGUCUUUGACGUCUUCCCCAUGUUGGAGCUCAACAAGUUUGCUUGCAUGGAGGUGAAGCGUGAAGACGAGUUCUCGCCGCUCAAGAACGCCCGCGGCACGGGCGAGGAUGACCCCGACACCAGCAAGCGCGACAUCAUGCUCCAGGGCAAGCGCUGGCUCGAGGCUGCCGGUGCCACCGUCACCGGCGAGACCACCGAGGUUGGCGUCGAGGUUUCGCCCCUCUUCAGCUACGGCGGCGAGGGAUUGGAAAAGUUCAGCGGCAAGGAGGUCAAGGCCCCUGCCGUUCUGGAGAUUGAGUAA